AUGCCAGUGUCUAAUCAUAUUCAUAAGUCCUCAGGGCACAGCCCCGGGCUCAAGGCUGGCCAGCUCUGCCUCGAGUUCGGACGGCGGAUCUACCAUCCAUUCGGCUUCAAAAGGGGGUACAACUUUGUCCUCUUCGCCAUCCUCGUCGGGGCCCUCAUGGGGUUUGUCCUCGCACGGCUCCAAUACUUGAACAUUGACGGUAUCUUCUUGAAGGUAUCCUGCCCUGGUGCCUGUUCCAAACGAGCCCUUCACGCGAACUCCCAAUUGAGACUAACGUCGAAUGACGUACAGAAAACCAUCCCCGGAGAUGCGAUCCACUAUCAAUCAGGCUACAAGCGAGUCGGAAUCAUCUUGCACCUCGCCUGCAUCCUUCCUGCAGGAUUCUUGGUCUGCUUCCAGUUCGCGCCAGUGAUCAGGCACAAAUUCCUGAUGUUCCACCGAGUGAACGGCUACGCCAUCAUUCUUUUGUUGCUGACGGGUAAUGCGGGCGCCUUUAUGGUCAUCCCCAUCGCAGGAGGGGGGUCACCGGCCACUCAAGCAGGCCUUGGCCUCCUGGGAACGAUGACCACGGUCUCCGUGGUGCUGGCAUACAUCAAUAUCAAACGCCUGCAGAUCGACCAACACCGCGCAUGGAUGAUCCGCACUUGGGUGUACGCGGGCAGCGUCAUCUCGGUGCGUCUGGUGCAGAUGGCCGCGAACACUUUCAUCGCACAACACCAACAGGGCCACUGGUACGACGUGCAGACCUGUGAGAAUAUCUGGAAGCAAUACACCCUGUACGGCGCGCCUGCCGGAGCGGGAAACCCCGCGCCAUACUUGUAUCCCGCAUGUACCGCGCCGAACUCGAGUGAACCUGUAAUCAUCAAAGCUAAUGUCCACGGCUUCGGUCCUGAAUUCGUCACAGCCUCGUUCCACUUGACGUUCGGCAUGUCGGUGUGGCUUUGCCUUGCGAUCCAUGCCAUCGGGGUGGAGACAUACUUGAAGCUGACGCCAGCGGAGAGUGAGAGGUUGAGGCUCGUCAGUUACGAGAGGCAGCUUGAGGCCGGAUUCAAACAUCCCGGACGUGCGGGCUUGACUGUGGACAGGAUUGGGGAUGCUGUGGCUUGGGAGCCAAUCGGUCGAACAACCCAAGCCUGCCAGAGCUCGAGCGAGUCGAAGGGAGUGGUAGCACGUGUCGACGAGUGA